UGUUAAAUUGAAAAGUGUGGUUAUCAUCGUUUGAAUUUAAAUUUGGAAAUAAUUUUUAGAUAUGUAGAAAGUGAUUUGUCAUGCAUGUAGAUAGGUACACUAAAAUGUUAUUGGACACGAAAUAAUAACCAUCAAAAUGUUCCGGGGAAAACCGCUGUUAAAAUACGGAUUAGCGGCUGGGAUUGCAGGAGGCACACUUUUAAGUUUACAUGGAAAUCAGUACCAAUUAGAUUCAAUAGGAAUCGUUAGGUUAAGUCGAGCAGCAUUCACAGUAUUCCAGAUUGGAGUUAUUUACAAAAAAGAUUUGUAUGGGAAACAUUUGGAUAAAUCCUCUAAAGAAUACAGUGAAUUGAAGUCGAUAUGUCAUACUAGAAGUGCCCAAAAACUGUUGCAGUUAUGUUGCACAAACAAGGGAGUUUAUAUUAAAGUAGGGCAACACAUAGCAGCAUUAGAUUAUUUGUUACCUUCGGAAUAUGUUGACACUAUGAAAGUGUUACACUGUCGAGCACCCACAAAUAAAAUUGAGGAUGUCUAUAAAGUUAUAAAAGAGGAUGUAAAGAAAGAUCCAUUUGAAAUAUUUGAUACAAUCGAACCUGAACCCAUAGGAACAGCUUCUUUGGCCCAAGUGCACAAAGCUACCUUAAAAGAUGGCUCUGUAGUAGCUGUAAAGGUACAACAUCCUUACGUACAAGGAAAUGCCAAAGUAGAUAUGAAAACUAUGGAAUACUUAGUAAAAUUGAUGAGUAUAGUUUUUCCAGAAUUUAAAUUCCAAUGGCUCAUAGAUGAAUCUAAGAAAAACAUACCACAGGAACUGAAUUUCGCACAGGAAGGUCGAAAUGCAGAGAAAAUGGCCAAAAUGUUUGAAAACAUAGAUUGGUUGCAUAUUCCUAGGGUCAGAUGGGAUUUAACAACGCCAAGAGUCCUAACUAUGGACUUUGUUGAAGGAGGGCAAGUUAACGAUCUAAAGUACAUACAAGAAAAUUAUAUUGAUCCACGAGAGGUAUGCGAUAAAAUAGGUAAACUUUAUUCAAGAAUGAUAUUUUUACAUGGCUUUGUGCAUAGCGAUCCUCAUCCCGGGAACAUUCUGGUUAAGAGAAAUAAAAAAGGGCAAUGCGACAUUAUUUUACUGGAUCACGGAUUAUAUGCGACCUUAAAAGAAAAUUUUCGAGUAGAGUACGCAAAUUUAUGGUUAAGUAUUUUAAAUCGAGAUCGUACAGCUAUGCGCAGUCACAGUAAAAAUUUGGGAAUAGAAGGGAAUGCUUAUGGUUUGUUCACUUGUAUGAUUGCGGGAAGAACUUGGGAUAGUAUACAGAGAGGUAUCGAUAGGGAACAGUUUUCCAAGUCUGAAAAGAAAUUCAUGAAGCAGGCUUUCACUGGCAUUUUGCCUCAAGUGUCGGAAAUUCUCCAAAAUGUCGAUCCACAAAUGUUGCUGAUUUUAAAGACUAACGAUUUAGUGAGGAGUAUCGAACAUACUUUAAGGGCAGGAACUGGGAUGGGUUCAUUUUGUGUUAUGUCCCAGUGUUGCGUAAAAUCAGUUUAUAACCAGAAGUAUACCAACAGCCAAACUAAAAUAGAAAAAAUUAAAGUAUCCCUUGCCGAAUUCUGGGCAUUGUUAAAGAUAAGGGUUUAUUACAUGUUUCUGAGUUUUAGGCAAAUUUCUUUUUUUAGUUGAUGAAUAUUAAAAUUUUUACUCAAAUAUGAUUAUAUUAAAUUA